AUGAGCAAAAUGAUUAAAGAAAACUGGAACUUGGAAGACUCCGGGAAGAUAAAGCUACUCUAUACCGGCAAGAAACGGAGUCUGCUCCUAGAGAGACCAGUGGAUUAUAAAUUGCUGUGUGCCAAGCUGAAAGAGAUGUACGGAGAGCAGAUGACCAUGUACUAUACGUUGGCGAAUAAUGAGUUCAUCGUGAUCAUCAAAAGUCAAGCCGAUCUCGACAAGGCUAUUGAACUUCUUGAUCAAGCUCACCCGGGACGCAGUCUGCGGAUAAUUCUCAGUCGUCACCUGGCCGACAGCCCAAGAGCCGGCAUUUAUAACGAUAGCCUUUGUCGCAACGCGGCUAUCUACAAAACCAAAAGUUUACCCCUUCCAUAUUCACCCCAACUUUCUGCUUCUGUGACAUCCGCAUGUUCGUCAAACGUGGAAGAAGCACUACUGCACUGCUUAACGAACAAGACUACUGAAAUCCCUUAUGUGCCAAGCACGUGUUCCGGAACCAGCACUCGUAACUCGACAGACUCAGGCGACCUUUGCCGUAAAUUCAGUUUUUAUGCGCAAAGUUCAGAGGAUUUAGACGACAACCACAGUUGGUUGAAUGGCUUGUUGGUCACUCGCGGAAUUACCUCAGACAACCGCUCCUUACCAGAGAAAAGCUCUAGAGGGCUGAGCUGUCCAUGUUCCUGUGCAUAUCACCCCCGAUUGUCAUCCGAUGACGGCAUUCGCGCAAACGCUUGGAUCCAGAGGAACUCCCGUUGCGUCAAAUCUUACAGCCAUGGCAGCAGCAGUUCCAGCUCUGGCUUGGUCCCCGACAUUUGCGACUCUCCGCAAUGGAGACCAAGCAGGCUUGACAGUGGAGCCAGCUCUGCAACGUGUACGUAA